GUGCAGCCAACAGCGUCGUUCGGCUGGUUCGGAUUGUUGCUCGUGUGCAGGUUUCGGAAAGGUGCGGGCUCCGUCACAGAACACCCAUACAAACUUAAUAACGGCGAGAAGAGUGCGCCAACCGCAUCACAUUUGUGUACCGCUGGUCGCGCAGCGUCAGAAUACCGUACCGGAUAAAGGAAAGCUGUGGAAAACGACGGUCGCUUGGCGAAGUGACUCCGACUUGAUGGGCCAGCGGGGUCCUGCGAUGUGGUGUAACGUUACCGCGUCGACAUCUAGUGCCGACGCCACACCAACUCAGACAGGGAGGGUCCAGUGAUGCGCUGCUGGCCAGGCUGCUGUGCGCUGGAUCCCCCGACGCGGUCCUCGUGCCAGGCGCUGCGUCAUGCGGUGGCCACCCUCACUCGCCUGGAUGACUUCACCUCGGAGAAGAUUGGCUCGGGCUUCUUCUCCGAGGUGUACAAGGUGACGCACCGCACCACGGGCCAAGUGUGCGUGCUCAAGAUGAACACGUCCAGCAGCAACCGGCCCAACAUGUUGCGCGAGGUGCAGCUGCUCAACCGGCUGUCUCACCGUAAUAUCCUGCGCUUCCUGGGUGUCUGUGUGCACCAGGGUCAGCUGCACGCCCUCACUGAGUACAUCAAUGGCGGCAGCCUAGAGCAGCUCAUACAGCGCAGGUCAGAGCCCCUGUCGUGGGAGCUGCGCAUGCGGCUGGCACUGGACAUAGCACGAGGGAUGGCAUACCUGCACUCGCGGGGCGUCUUCCACCGGGACCUGACCUCCAAGAACGUGCUCAUCAAGCGUCACCAGGAGGAAGAGGGCGCACCGCCCACCCUGACGGCUGUGGUGGGGGACUUGGGGCUGGCUGAACGCAUCCCGGUGUCAGGAUGUCGUGACUUCCGGCUACCCGUGGUAGGCUCCCCCUACUGGAUGGCUCCCGAGUGUCUGCAUGGUUCCUGGUACGACCAGCGUGCAGACGUCUUCUCGUACGGUAUCAUCCUGUGUGAGGUGAUUGUGCGACUGGAGGCAGACCCCGAUGUGCUUCCUCGGACGGCCGAUUUUGGCGUGGACCGGCUGGCACUGCGCCGGCUUUGCCCGGACGACUGCCCGCCGGCCUUCCUACGUCUGGCACUGGCCUGCUGCCAGGUGGAGCCCUCUGCACGGCCCACCUUCCAGGGCAUCGUGGAGCAGCUGGAGGCCAUGCUGUCUGGAGAUGUGGUAGACGCCGACUCGCCUGUCUCGGAUGCCACCGACGACAGUAUUGGCAGCGUCCAGGCCAUCUUUGGGCCAGAGCAGGCAUGCUGUAGCACGGCCAACCCGUUUGCACACCGGUUCAAGGAUGGCCGCAAGAUCCUUGAGGAGGACUCUAGUCACCAGUGACAACGAUGAGGCACCAGUGUGAGACAGGUGACCCACUCUGCUGCCCUGUGCGGGGGCACGCCCAACACCGUCCAGCCCAGGACUAUUUAUUACGGACUGCAUCAGUGACUGUGGCAACAAGGAACUGGAAGCGUACAAAAAUAUGGACACAUGCGUAGUGUGCAACACUCGCACACAGAAAGAAAAAUUGCGUGCGCAGUCCUCCCCACCAGAUUCUGCUUUUUCUUGAAGAGGGAGUGUGCACAGCCCAAUCUUUGCUUGAGUACUGCCCCCCCCCCCCCCCCCCCCAACUUGUUGGUGAAUGUUUUCUGUUUUCUUUUCCACUCCUGUUUUCUCUCCAUUUGUGACUCGCAGGUACAGUGCAGCCUCACUGUUUCUUUCUCCGCUCGUCUAGGACUGGCAGUGCCUCCCUCACCUGUUUGUGUCUUCGUGCGGUGUCGUGGGUUGUACGAUGCCAUGUGGUAUAAAACACCAUCUGGUACACAAGCUGUUUCCCUUUCUUUGUGCCAUCCCUCUGAUGGCAGGACUGCAUCGGUCAGGCCAAUUCGGCACGGCGCACCAUGAAAGGUGCAAAAGUGCCAAAGUUCUUGCAGAUGACUUUUGUGCUGACUGUUGUAGUUGCACCAUGCACAGACUUGCUGUCAGACCAUUCCUUGCAGCUUUGGCACUGCAGCUGACAGACACCAAGUGUUGAUUUGUGAUUGGAGUCUCAGGUGGAGCUUCGGCAGAUCUUUUGCGAACUCUUAAGGCAUGAAGACUAGUUGGUCUGAUUACUGGGAGCUUUAAGCAGGCAUAGACAGCCAUCCUUGCCUAUGAAUGUCCAGGUUGCCUAAUAGCUGUUGUUCCAGCACAUGUCACAUGUUGAGUGAAACAUCAAAGCUUUGUAGGAAUUUCUAAAUGGAGCAUUUAAAGUCAGUGCUGCGUCUGUCUGCUCUCCUGUCCAUUCUGUGUUUCCGCACUGCAAGUCAAGUAUGCGGAACUUUCAGUGACUCUCAAACCUUGAGAAGGCUCUCUGUCGACAGCUGUUGUGACCGCCCACUAGGUUAAUUGCAACCUUGGUAAUUACGGGCCUUGGGAUUUUACCAGACAAUCUAAGGGUAUCGCUACACUGGGCCUGCUCACCAUCUGCAGUUUCUGCAUAUCUUGUGCAUGUGAGGAUUCCUUGUAAAUAUGUUAGUGGACAUAGCCUUCACUGAUGCCCAAAAGUUGGACUACCCGAGCAACCUGGAUGGCAAAGUGUGGGUGAGCUCUUGGCAGCUGUAAAUAAGUUAUCUUUCUUACAAGGACUUUGACCACAAGUGGUAACUUAUCUACCGUGCCUAUGCCUUUCCUACUUUCUUGUUAACAUGAAUUCACACCUUUCGUCGCCGUCUGUUUUGUGUGUGCAUAUUUCAAACUAAAGCUUCUAUGUCCAGCAACAGAUUUUUGGCAUAAAUUUCCGAUGUACCACCAGUUCUGGCAGGUCCCUGGUUUGCAACAUGCAUGGUCCAACGCACAUGCUGGCCUGAACACAGUGCUGGUUUCAUGCACAUCAAGUUUCUGUAGUCUAAUCCCACUGCAACAAACUUCACAAAGUGCGAGAAAAAUUUCUAUUGCAGUGGAAAUUUUGUUGUCACAAAAAUUUAGUAAAAGACUAAAAAAUACUGCCAGUAGUUUAUUUCCAGAAAUCGGCCAUUUUCGCGUGUUUCUGGUUUCGAGCCAGGAGCGGCGGAAUGUGUUGUUCGCAGUCGGCAUCGCAGUGUUGUCAUCAUGAAUGCCAAGAAAGCAAAGGAUGGUGUCAAAUGAGCACUUGUGAUGCAGUCUGCACACAGUGCGCGAUGUCGUCAGAUGUAUCAUCAGCACCGCAAAAGCACUUUGUCGUCGUUCAGCUCCAAAUUUGCGUGUACAUCCGCUGUCGUGCUAAAUAAGAAAUGUAACAUCACAGUGAACAUGCUACCUCUCUUAUGCUUUUCAAAGCACUUUCGCACAACCCUGCAGUAUCAGCACUUGGAAAGUUUGGCUGGGAGGACAGCGGCAAAGGGGGCAACGCUUCGAUGUUUUAGUCUGGCGUCAUCCACUGGCUCAAAUCCUAUAGUGCAAGUUGUGUGCUGUGCGUCGCCUACUUUCACGCCAUCCUUCAGUGCUUUUUAUGGAAGAAUCUGCGCAGUCUUCAAGCACGCAUCAUUGUGCCUAUUAAAAGCGUGCGUACGCUUCUAAUGACACACAUGCGCUGUCCAAUAUGCUUAUCCAAUAGGGUUGGCGGUGAUAGAUUGCACAGGCGCAUGCAUCAUUAGUCUUGAUCAGUGUUGCCAUGUAUAGGUGAUAACUGUGUAUGUUGUGCCUUGCACAUGUUCAAUACGGACUUGGGGGACGUUGUUUUCAGGAAUAAAGUUCAGUUGUUAGUCCAGCCACCUUCCUGUCGCUUUGUCUAUGUCUGCCUCUCGAUAUUUCCCUUUUUCAAGUUUGCUGGCAUUCUCCAAGAAUGCCAGCAAACUUGAAGAAGGGAAAAAUCGAGAGGCAGACAUAGGCAAGACAAAAGAGGCAGACAUAGACUAUUACCGUGUUGCUUGUGUUUUUGGGUACGUAGAUGAUUUCCUUGUUCUUUUAAAUGUUGGGCGAAGUGAUUGUCUCACUGACAUCAUUUGAGGUGUUUCAUCAGUGCUUCAGGUUUGCUCUCGACAUCUUCGUUUCACCCACGAAGCACCACAAGAAAAUUCCAUGAGGUUUUAAGAUUUGACUAACCUUUCAUCCUCAUGGUCACAUUUGUUGGGUUCAAGAACAAGAGAUACUGCUAUACCGUACCAAUCUGCCCACUCGCGCGGCCAAUCUCGGCUGUUGUCACUGCUGUUGGAACGCCCAGGCGAAGCAUCAAUAGCGAUAGCAAAUUAGUAGACAGCUAUACGAUGUAAGUAUUAUAGUUUUAUCGGCCGUAUAAACUUGUAAACAUUCACAUACUAACUAAAUUAACAAGCAUGGUGUCAAGCAAACAUGAACAUGUCUCACUCGAUGACCACGGAAACUGGCUGUCUAAACGCUGGAGUGAGGAAGCGCUGCAGCGAGCAGCGUGCUGCCUCUCGCUUCAACACGAACUAAAUGGCGAAAACGCAGCAUGCACGAAGCUAUCUUAGAAGCGUGAAUUGGUUUUCGCUUUACAGCACGAAGCUGUGAGCUCUGUCCCCAUCACAGAUCGCUUCCAAGAUGGGGGCCGCGCCAUAUGCAGCAGCCGCCGGAGAACGCUCCCCUCCCCCCACGGUGCCUUGCGCGCGACCGAAGAUGACCCACUUCCUCCCCACUUUUCUUCCUUGCACGCGCGAAACAGAACCGCAAUCUUCGACUUUCACUCGCACAUAUGGCGUGCGACGACGGCAGAAAUGCGCCUGGAGUGUCAUAUAAUUGAUAUCGCAAUAAAGACAGAUUGGAAUAGUUUU